AUAAACCCCACUGACUGACGCAACACUCGACUCGGGUUAAGUUAAUUCAAAAGCAAAACCUUUCGCCUUGCAAUUGCAAAUACAGAAAACCUAUUCAAGCUUAUUUAACAUUUAAAUCGUAAUUGUUGACCAACAGCAAUGUUUUGAAUUGACGCAGUGCAUUUGUCAAUUGGAAAAAAUGUCUGAAUUUAAGAGAGACAUCGAUUCUAAAAGGAAAAAACAAUCUAAUUUUCUAUGUGCGUAAUUAAUUUGGGGCUAUAAAGCGACGAAGACGACGACGACAACGACCUGACGUCAUAUCGUAUGAUCCAAACAACGUUUUCUGAUUGCAGGACAGUGACAAUAUUCAAAAAGUGUUAAAAGACAUUUCUUAGGAGCAAAAUAAAGUAAAUAAUUGACGAGACGAGGAUGGAUCCAUCGCUGGAUGUGGGAGAAUUCAUCUCCAGCGGCAUGGUGGACUCGUUGGACUUGUUCAAGGAGGAGGAUGCAAUUUCCCUAAUCAAAGAGAUGAUUCCUGCAGACAUGUUGAAUAGCUUCCUCAAUGACAUGGACAUGGUAGAUUUGAAUGACGACGUUAUAUUGCCGGGUUUGCCGGAAUACGGUGCGGAGACAUCGAAGCAGCCAGUGAUUAAACAAGAAACCCCAAUGCCUGGCUCUCCUGCAGCUGGCGGACACUACAAAGCUAUGAUAAGCGAUCCCUUGAUGGGCUCGAACUUCACUCCCCAAACAUGCGGCUCCUCAAAUGGCCAUAGUAUCAUUCCCACAACCAUGUUGAACUCUCCGCCACUUAAUUGCCUCAAAACCGAGCUGUCUUGUCCAUCUCCGCCCAUGACUGUGGUCCAGAACCACUCGCCGCCGUUGGCAUUGCCAACCACGACAGUUAACAUCACCCAGAUUAGUGCACCCCUAACGGUGUCCCCUAACGGACAACAGCAAAUUGUCUACACUACCACUCAACCCGUGACAACACAGACUUUCGUUUUUCAGAAUGCCGCUGUCAGUCCUCAGCUUCCUGUGGACAGUAAGACGGCGACAGUUAUGAAAAAACAUACCCCAGUCGUAACACCACAAUCUACACCUCCUCCACAUCAACCCAACUCCUCCGCCACCUCUUCAUCAUCAUCAACAUCAUCUUCCUCCCAUCAUCAUAAGCAGCAUUCUGCGUCAGUAGUUCAAAAUAUCAGUAGUAAGCCGCCGACAGCAAUUCAGCCUUCUUUGGUGCAACAAGUACCGCAAGUGCUGACAUUGCAAAGUGUCGACAAACAGCAAGUAUUGCUCCACUCAACAAAUCCAACCUUGAUGUACACCACGGCUGGACCAGCAACAACAACACAGAACAUUCAUGCAUUGGUAAAUGGAACACUAUUGGCGACAACUCGCAUUCCAAUGGUAAUUGAGACAGAGAACAAAGUUCCCAUUAAUCGUGUCCAACCAAAGGUUAAAGAAGUUAAACGUUCAGCUCAUAAUGCAAUCGAACGUCGCUACCGCACCUCGAUCAACGACAAAAUUAACGAACUCAAAAAUAUGGUCGUUGGUGAGAGUGCAAAAUUAAAUAAAUCAGCAGUGCUGCGCAAGGCCGUAGAUAAGAUUCGUGAUUUGCAACGUAAUAAUUAUGAGUUAAAAUCUGAAGUUCAAAGGUUACAACGUGAAUUGGCAGCACGUGACGGAACAAAAGUUAAAGACUUGCUUAGCAAUCAUAGUCAUACUAUGAGCAAGAAGAAGCGAAAGAUAUCGAUUGAUGAUGAGAUUUUGUAUGGCAAACCGUUGUUGAUGUUAGACGAGAGUCCUGCACCCAUGACGCCUCCGAGGAGUGACGAAUCGAAUCCAUCGCUAUCGCCUUCGCAUUCGGACAUUUCAUCACCAUCGUCACCGUGUGACAGCAGCAAUGGAAGUGUUAGGGAUGAGGAAGUUAUUCCGUCGGUGCGAGGAAUGGGUUCACAUUCUCGACUCACUCUGUGUAUGUUUAUGUUUGCUGUGCUGGCGGUGAAUCCAUUCAGAGCGUUCCUUGGCAAUGGAUCAUUCGAUGGAGCUGAAGAAGAUGACUUGAGUGGCGUUCGAAGGAAUAUUCUCUCUGUGGAAGAUGGUUUUGUUGGCAACUUGUUCUCAUGGCAAAGUGUCAGCACGUCUAUUUUGCUCUGGACUCUGAAUUUUAUUGUCAUGUUUGGAUGUUUGAUCAAGCUUCUCUGCUAUGGAGAUCCUCUUCUUAGCUCUCAAUCACAGGCAGCCGACAAGUAUUGGAAACACAAAAAACGAGCUGACUCCGAAUUUACUCAGGGAAACGCUUCGGCUGCCUACUCGGAAUAUCUGCUUUGCAUGCAAGUCUUCGGCAUCACUCUACCUCUCUCUAAAAUGGAAACCUUUAGCUUGACCUCAUGGCAAUUUAUUCGGUUCUUCUUCCAUCGCAUCUGGAUUGGACGUUGGUUGUCGCGUAAGUCAGGUGGACUCUUCUGUACUGAUUCGACUCGCAAAGAAGCAUUGACCUCGGCUCGAGAAUUGUCUUUGGUGGCGAAUAGAUUGAAUCAAAUACAUUUGGCGACCAACAUGAACGAUUCUCAUGGAGUCUUGAUAUCAUUGUUCUCUCUAAAUAUGGCUGAAGCUUCUGGUGCGAUCUUAAAUCCAGCCGAUUUGAUUAGCAUUUACAUGACAGCUGCGUUGAGAGUUAAACGAUCCUACCCUAGAUGGUUGAAGUUCUUCGGAAGGUAUUAUGUGAGCAAGGCAAAGCAGGAAUCGGCUAAGAUGUGUGAACAAAUCAAGAAAUAUCAAUGGGCUUUUACUCCGUAUGGGUAUAGAUACUUUAUUUCACAUGAUUUUGAUGCCUCCUCAGGGGAUUCAUUGUUUGCUACGUUAAGUAACAAAGCUGAUCCAUUUUCUUAUGUUCUUAAGGAAUAUCGUGAGCACCUUCUGUUGAAAGCAAUUCAAUGUCUCGUGGGUGCCAGUAAAUCUGGACGCAAUGAUCGAUCCAAUAACAAACCAUUGAAACCAACCAAAGAGGGAGAUACUUCGCCACAAGUUCCAAGUCCUCCCGCAGGGACAAUUGUCAGCAAUGUUCUUAAAUACACAACCCUCUUGAAGGAAACUAUGUCACCGGAUGAUAUCGAUAAGAAAAUCGAUUGGUGGUCAAAUGUUUUGAUUGUCUCGGUCCACUGGUUGCUUGGUGAAGAUGAACAGUCAGAGAAACUCUAUGACACAAUCAAUUCUCUGCCUGAGUGUCUUCAUGUUGAUGGUGAAAGUCUACCAAAGGCACUGCGGACGGUGUUCAGGGCAAGGACUAUUAUUUUGGCAAAUCCAGAAUUAAAAAGUCCAGAAAAACAGACAGUCUUGAAGUUAUGCGAUACAGGAAGUACAUUUUUACAAGAAAGUUUGGCUUGUAAUAAAAUUACACCAGCUAAAGGUCUUAAAUUGCUCUUCCAAUUGUUGACUUGUGAUUGGAUUCUGGAGACACGAACUCAAGUUUGGGAACAUGAAUAUGUCGGAAUUGAAGAUGACGGACAUUAUCAAGUCCCUGGAAACGUAUUAGAAAAAUUCCAAAAAGACCUCAAUUCUUUGAGACACAUUGUUGAAGAUAUUCCCAAUGGCCAAUCCCGAAUUUAUCUCUACGAAGCAGUAUGUCGUCUGAUGGCUGGAGCCUCUCCUGGACAAACUCAACAAUUGCUUGACCGAAGUCUUCGCUACCGUCAUGCAAGAAGUUCGAUUAUUUGUGGUGGCAAAGAUAAGAACCACCAAUUCGAUGGUGGGGAACGUGAACGGGCGGCGGCAAUGUACGUUGCCUGCAAAUAUCUACCAACAAUUCUCCUCUCAUCGCCGGGCGAACGAGCUGGAAUGUUAGCUGAAGCAGCUAAAACAUUGGAAAAAGUUGGAGAUAAACGUAAAUUAAAGGACUGCUACACUUUGAUGAAAUCACUUGGAAGCGGCACUGUGUCGAAUGCACAGUAAAUAUAAUAAACAAAUAAACAAAACCAUUAGUUUAUAGGAGCAUUUUAAGUUAUAGUUUUGAACCACCCAGUGGUUGUUUUUGUUGUUGUUGCUGUUAAGAAUUUAAUUUAAACAGCAACAACAACAUCAAUCAAUAAAGACACAAGAGACUUUUUUGUUUUAAUUUCAAAAUAGCAUUAUGCAUCUACCAAAUCUUUUUAAACAUAAUUAAUCUUUACUAUAUUUUUGCUUUUUUUUUAUAGGGACUAAAACUUACUAUAACUAAAAAAGAUAGUUAUGUAUGUUUUUCUUUUUAAUUAAACUUUAUUUAAAAUAUGAUAACAAUAUUUUAAUGGGUUUGCUUCAAAGGUUAGAGCUAUCGCCAAGACAGAGAUUUGGAAUUUUAUAAAUAUUUUGUUUUCUUAUUUAAUUUAUAACUAAAUAAUUUUCAUAACUCAAAUUGAGUAAAGUUGGUAAUGUUUAAAUUGCAAAAAUAAAAACAAAACAAAAAUUAGAUGCAUUUCUUAUAAAAAUAAUUUUAUAAAAAAAAAAUAAAUAAGUUGCGAUAUUUUCUUUGAAAACAAAAAUAUAUUUAAUAUAUUAAUAAUAUUUGAAGUGUUUAAAAGUUGACGAAUUAUUUUAUGAUUUAGUUAAUAAUUUAAUUUUGUUUAUUUUUGACAAAAUAAAAACUCAACAAAAUGUACAACAAGCCUCUGUAAACAAAGACAAAUUAUAAAUUAGAACCAUCACCUUUAUAAUGUUUGACAGUACCUAAAUAAAUAAAAUUAACUUUUUUUAAAACAACA